AAGCAUUGGUCUCAACUCUCACACCCAUCAUUCCACAGCCAUGUUUCUCCCUUCUCUUUUUUCUCUCUCCCCCCUCCUCCUCCUCACUCUCCUCCCCUCCACACCCGCCCAAGACCACCUCAGCUUCACCUUCAACAACUUCAAAGCCGCCUCACCAAACCUCACCCUCGACGGCAUAGCCAAGUUCACACCCUCAGGCCUCCUAGCCCUCACCAACGGCACCUACCGUGGAAACGGCCACGCCUUUUUCCCCACACCAUUCCCCUUCAAACCCUCACCGAACGCCUCCGUUUCCUCAUUCUCCACCUCCUUCAUCUUCUCCAUAAUCACCGAUUACCCCACCUACUCCGGUCACGGCAUUGUCUUCGUCGUGGCCCCCGCCCCGCGCCUCCCCGGUGCCCUCUUCGGCCGGUACUUGGGCCUCUUCAAUGAAACCAAUAACGGGAACUCAACCAACAACGUGGUUGCGGUAGAGCUUGAUACUGUAUGCAAUAGAAAGUUUAAAGAUAUAAACGAUAACCAUGUCGGUAUCGACAUUAAUGGGUUGGACUCUGUUGCGUCUAAGGCAGCUGGGUUCUAUUCUUCAAAUGGGAGGUUUCAGAAUUUGAGUCUGAUCAGCGGUAAGGGGAUGCAAGUUUGGGUUGAAUACGACGGGGGAAAGAAGGAAAUGAAUGUUACUAUGGCUCCGGUUGAUUUGCCCAAGCCAAACACGCCGCUAUUGACUCUUUCUAAGGAUCUUUCCCAGAUCUUGAACCAAACUAUGUACGUUGGGUUCUCUUCCUCUUCUGGUUAUAUCGCAAGUGCUUCCCAUUAUCUAUUGGCGUGGAGCUUUAAGAUGAAUGCAUUGGCCGAUGGGUUUGAUUUCUCUCAACUCCCUAAGCUUCCCAAAAUCGGACAGAAGAAGACAUAUAUGCUUUUUAAAAUUGGGUUGCCUUUGAUUUGUUUAGUUUUGGUGUUUGGAGUAGUUUCAGGGGUAGUUUUUUAUAUUAGAAGGAAGAGGAUGAAGUUUGCUGAAGUUCUUGAAGAUUGGGAACUUGACUAUGGGCCUCAUAGGUUCAAGUACAAGGACUUGUAUAUUGCCACCAAAGGGUUUGGGGAAAAGGGGCUCUUGGGUAGUGGGGGAUUUGGUAGGGUUUAUAGAGGAAUACUACCCACUUCCGAAAUUGAGAUUGCAGUCAAGAGGGUAUCUCAUAAAUCCAGACAAGGAAUGAGGGAGUUCGUCGCGGAAAUAGUCAGUGUUGGCCGUAUGCGCCACCGGAAUCUAGUACAACUCCUUGGUUAUUGCCGCCGGAAAGGGGAGCUCCUUUUGGUAUAUGAUUACAUGCCUAAUGGCAGUCUAGACAGGUUCCUCUAUGACCAACCAAGCGUCACCCUCAGUUGGCAAGAAAGAUUUCGAGUUAUUAAAGGAGUGGCAUCAGGCCUUCUUUAUUUACACGAAGAAUGGGAGCAAGUUGUUGUACAUAGAGAUGUUAAGGCGAGUAAUGUUUUGUUAGAUGGUGAAAUGAACGGAAGAUUGGGCGAUUUUGGGCUAGCUAGAUUGUAUGAUCACGGAACUGAUCCACAGUCCACUCUCGUGGCUGGAACACUAGGGUAUCUUGCGCCAGAGCACAUUAGAAUCGGAAAGGCCACAACGAGCACCGAUGUGUAUGCUUUUGGUGCCUUUUUGCUGGAAGUGGCAUGUGGAAGGAGGCCCAUUGAGCCACGAGCAGCAGUGGAGAACUUAGUUUUGGUGGAUUGGGUGUUUUCUUUUUGGCGUGGAGGGGAAAUUUUGCGAACGGUUGAUCCCAAAUUGGGGAGUCAGUAUGUGGCGGAGGAAGUGGAGUUGGUUUUGAAGUUGGGAUUGUGGUGUUCACACUCUGAGCCGGUCGCCAGGCCAAGUAUGAGGCAAGUUGUGCAGUAUUUGGAGGGAGAUAUUCCUCUUCCGGAGUUAAAAUUGAUGGGUAAUUCUGCCACGGGUAUAAUGCUUGCUCACCGCGCAGGGUUUGAUGAGCAAUUGUCUUCUGUUGUAGAGUCCCUUCUCUCUGGAGGUAGAUGAUGCUUCUAUACUUUGUUUUUCCAUAACUUUUUGGAUGGGUAAUGUAAUCGGUGAACCAUAUUGGGUAAUACGUUUUUCUACUUUUGGCAUAAGCUUGUCUUCUAUGUAUAUCUGUAUAACAAAAAAAUUGUAUGAUACUUGUAAUCAAAAGAACCCCAAUGUUUCAGGGCCUUUCAUAUUUAUUUGUUUGCCGAAAUUCUUGCUCAUUACCACCAAACAGAG